GGAUCGAUCCACAUGGACCCCUUGGUUUCCUUCCUUUCGUCCUUUUUUCUCUUGAUUUCAUUUCUCGCCCGGUCGCAUGAUACCCAUAAACCUGGCUCUUUUCGCCAAGCAAUUUUACUCCCCCAUCAUCCUGUCACAACAUCAAACUGUCGAGUUAUAAUCCUAGGCCGAUUUCAUCUCGGAUCUUCUGGGCUUUUCCCUGUUCUUUUUUUCCCUCGUGGGCUCACGUCGCUAUUCACAAGUUGUAUAAAUGUUCCCCACUGUUUCCUACCUUCUGUUCUCGCGUUCGUCAGUCCAAUCGUGUCGAGUGGGCCGUUCCCUCGUCGAUCCAAACUGUAA